UUUCGGUUUGGUUAGUCCCGGUUUUGUAUCGUGGCCAAACCUUUCGAAAAUCAAUACUCUCGUUGCUUACUUCACUCUUCCUUUAGCUUUGAAUCAAUUUCUUCAUAAAUUCCACAAAAGGAAAAAAAUCAUCUUCUUCGAUUGAAACUGACUUUGACGUAAGAGGAGACGAUUCAUCAAAGCACUUUGUGAAGGAAGAGUCAAUGGCGAUCGAUUUCUCCCAACUUCCUCCUCCGACUUCGGAUUUUCCCGCCAAAAAGAAGCAGACGAAUCCGGCCUCCUCGCAGAACGAAGCUCCGAAGAAUCUCACUCACAAGACGAAGGAGAUGAAGUUUCGUAAGCGAGAUCGGCAGAUCGUUCUCCAGAACGAGAACGGACCUUGUCCUCUGAUCGCCAUUUGUAACGUUCUGCUCUUGAGAAACGAGAUGAAUCUAUAUCCUGAGCGAUUCCAAGUACCUCAAGAGAGGCUGCUGAGUCUCGUGGCAGACGUACUGUUUGAUAACGAUGAUGAUGAGUUUACUGAGAACCAGCAACAGAGAAUCGCUGAUGCCGUUAAUCUCCUUCCACGUUUGGCGGAUGGCAUUAAUGUCAAUAUUAGAUUCAGGAGGAUUGAUGACUUUGAGGCACGAUUUCAAGAGUUUAUACAUUAA